GGUUGGGCACGGACCAUGGCCACCCGCCAGCUGCUGGUGGCCCCUCCGGAGGCCCUGCUCAGGCCCCUGUCCAUCCCUAACCGGCUGCUGCUGGGGCCGGGCCCUUCUAACCUGGCUCCGCGUGUCCUGGUGGCCGGGGGGAAGCAGAUGAUUGGCCACAUGCACAAAGAGAUGUUCCAGAUAAUGGAUGAUAUCAAGCAAGGCAUCCAGUACGUGUUCCAGACCAAGAACCCCCUCACCCUGGCCAUCAGUGGCUCGGGGCACUGCGCCCUGGAGGCCGCCCUGUUCAACAUCUUGGAGCCAGGGGACCCCUUCCUGGUCGGGGUCAACGGCAUCUGGGGGCAGCGGGCUGCGGACAUCGGGGAGCGCAUCGGAGCCCGAGUGCACCCAAUGAUCAAGGACCCUGGAAACCACUACACUCUGCAAGAGUUGGAAGAGGCCCUGGCCCAGCACAAGCCGGUGCUGCUGUUCCUGACCCAGGGGGAGUCCUCCAGUGGCGUCCUGCAGCCCCUCGACGGCUGUGGGGAGCUCUGCCACAGGUACAACUGCCUGCUCCUGGUGGACUCGGUGGCAUCCCUGUGCGGGACCCCCAUCUACAUGGACCAGCAAGUGGAGGGUGUGGACCUCAGGGAAGUGUCGGCGAACGCCGCUCGCUCGGGGCGUUCGAGGCCCUUACCCGCACUCCGGCUGCCCACUGUCACCGCGGUGGCCGUGCCCGCUGGCUACGACUGGAGGGACAUCGUCAACUAUGUCAUGGACCAUUUUGACAUCGAGAUCACCGGCGGCCUUGGGCCCUCGAUGGGGAAGGUGCUUCGCAUCGGCCUGCUGGGCUGCAACGCCACCCGGGAGAACGUGGACCGAGUGAUCCAGGCCCUACAGGAGGCUCUGCAGCGCUGCUCCCGAAACAAGCUGUGA